AAGUACUCGUCAUUCAAAAUCAGAUGUGUUAAUUAACCAAAAGUUGAAAAAUAAGAAUUCAACAAAGAAAAAAGCUAGAAAGUGAUGAACACAUUGAGAUCUCAAUUGGAUUACUCAGAAUGUAUCUGUAACAGCUCAUGACUUGUUAAAGCAAGAUAAAAGAGAGUACAGAGAUUACCUGCAGUUACUGUUGUGGCUCCAGCUCCAAGAUUUCAGCCUAUGAGAAACUCACAGUCGCUCAUCACUGUUUCGCUGCUUUUCUCGUCGGUGGUGGCUUUAAUUUCUGCUAAGAUUUCUUCCAACAGAUACAGUAAAUGGCAGACUUUAAGCGGAAAUGCGCCAUUAGUAGUGGCCCGUGGUGGAUUUUCCGGGCUGCUUCCUGAUUCUAGUGAGAAUGCUUAUCAGUUUGCUGUGUCUACUAGCUUAUUGAAUUUAAUCUCGUGGUGUGACGUACAGCUUACAAAAGAUGGAGCUGGAAUAUGCUUCCCGGAUGUCAGGCUCGACAUAGCUUCAGACAUUGAUAGGUUCUUCCCAAACAAGAGUCGCACCUACAUUGUUGAUGGGGACUCUAAGCAAGGAUGGUUUUCUGUGGAUUACACCCUCCAUGACUUGAAGAAUAUCAGUUUGAAACAGGCCAUUUAUUCUCGAACUGAUGGUUUUGAUAAGAAUUUACUUCCAAUUCUUGAGGUCCGAAAGGUGGCUGAGAUCGCCAAACCAUCCUCAUUAUGGUUGAAUAUUCAGCAUGAUUCUUUCUUCAGUCAACACAAUCUGAGUAUGAGAAACUUUGUAAUAUCUGUAUCUAGAAGUGUUGUAGUUGAUUAUAUCUCAUCACCAGAAGUGAACUUCUUGAGGAGUAUCCAGGCACGAUUUAGACGAUGUUCAACAAAACUCAUUUUACAGUUCCUGGGACAGGACGACAUUGAGCCUUCAAUCAACCAAACAUACAGUUCUCUUUUAAAGAACCUUACAUUCAUCAAAACGUUUGCCUCUGGUAUUCUUAUACCCAAAAAUUACGUAUGGCCUGUAGACCACAGUCAAUACUUACAGCCUCAUACCUCUGUUGUUCUAGAUGCUCAUGAAGAAGGUCUAGAGGUUUUUGCAUCAGGAUUUGCAAAUGAUGCAACUUUUGCUUACAAUUACAGUUAUGAUCCAGUAGCUGAAUAUAUAUCCUUUAUUGACAAUGGCAACUUUUCUGUUGAUGGUGUGCUAUCUGACUUCCCGAAUACUCCAUCUGCAGCCAUAGAUUGCUUCUCUCACAUGGGGCAUAAGGAAGCAUUGGAGGCUAAGCUUUUGAUUAUUUCAUCUGAGGGAGCUAGUGGAGACUAUCCUGGCUGUACCGAUUUGGCAUACACUCGAGCUGUUUCAAGUAAUGUUGAUGUUCUUGACUGUCCCGUCCAAAUGACAAAGGAUGGGAUACCUAUUUGCUUGGGUUCUAUAAACCUUAUGGACCGUACAACCGUAGAUCAAUCAUCUUUUAGCAACCUUUCUACUGAUGUUCCUGAACUCGGAACAGGGAACGGGAUAUUCACCUUUAACCUCAACUGGAGCGAACUUCGGAGAUUGACUCCGGCUAUAUCAAACCCAUGGUCUAAUUUCACAUUGUACCGGAAUCCUAAAUUCAGAAAUUCUGGAAAACUUAUGUCCUUUUCUGACUUUCUGGCUUUAGCAAAGUACUCUCCUUCUGUUUCUGGUGUCUUGAUCAGUAUAGAGCAUGCAGCCUAUCUCGCAGGAAAACAGGGAUUAAACGUGGUUGAUGUAGUGCUAAAAUCCUUGAAUGAAGCCGGUUACAAUGAUCAGACAAUAAAGAAAGUGAUGAUUCAAUCCACUGACAGCUCAGUUCUUGAAAAAUUUAAGGAGAAAAGAAAUUACGAGCUUGUUUACAUGGUGAAUGAGAAUAUUCGUGAUGUCCAGAAAUCAACCAUCAUGAAGAUCAAGGAGUUUGCCAAAUCUGUGGUGAUCAGCAAAAAUUCUGUCUACCCUGCUGAUAAGGCAUUUCUUACUAGUACCAGUGACGUGGUGCCAAAACUACAGGCAUGCAAUCUCUCCGUCUAUGUGCAACUCUUCAGUAACGAGUUCGCAUCUCAAGCAUGGGACUUCUUUGCAGAUGCUUACCUGGAAAUAAAUACAUAUGUUAAUGCAAUUGGCAUUAAUGGUCUCGUGACAGAUUUCCCCGCAACAGCAGCUAAAUACAGACGGAACCGGUGUUUGGGUUAUAAAGAUAUUCCCCCGUACAUGAGAAGUGUCCAGCCUGGUGAACUCUUCAAUUUCAUGGUUUCUGCGCCACCAGCCGAGGCUCCCUACCCAGUCCUUUUGGAUGGUGAUGUGGUCGAGCCACCUCUACCACCUGUUGCAGCAAAACAUUUAGCAGCUGGCAGUAAGAAUGGGUCUCCAGCAGCAUCUACAAGAACUUAUUUGUGCAGUGUUUCUCUUCUCCUCAGUGCUAUUAUGCUGUCCUAAAAUCAAUUGUGAUACCAUUUUGUGUUCUUCGCAUUACAUUCAAGUGGUUGAGCUUUUCACAUUGUAUCAAUACACAGCUUUAAUCCCUGGGUAAUAAAAUUAUUA